UGAAUACACUGUAUAUUACGCUCGCAUUGAAUCGACGCGUGUUUUGUGUCACAAAUAUUUUGCAUUGAAUUUCCUUUUCCUGCGAAACGAUGGCUAAAGCGAUCUCAAAGAAGCGCAAAUUCGUGUCGGACGGUAUCUUCAAAGCAGAAUUGGAUGAAUUUCUGCGCCGAGAGUUGGCUGAGGAUGGAUACAGCGGUGUUGAGGUGCGGAUGAGUCCCACGCGGACUGAGAUAAUCAUUUUGGCGACGAGGACUCAGUCCGUGUUGGGAGAGAAGGGCCGACGCAUUCGCGAGUUGACUAGUGUUGUCCAGAAGAGGUUCAACUUCCAGGAGGGAACCGUUGAGAUGUACGCGGAGAAGGUGUCGGACAGAGGUCUGUGCGCUAUCGCUCAGUGCGAAUCACUGCGAUAUAAGCUGAUCGGAGGUCUGGCCGUCCGUCGGGCGUGUUAUGGAGUGUUGCGCUUCAUUAUGGAGUCGGGCGCUAAGGGCUGCGAAGUGGUGGUCAGCGGGAAGUUGAGGGGACAGAGGGCUAAGAGCAUGAAGUUUGUGGACGGAUGGAUGAUUCACUCCGGACAGCCCACCAACGACUACGUGGACACCGCUGUCCGACACGUACUGCUCAGACAGGGAGUGCUCGGCAUUAAGGUGAAGAUUAUGUUGUCGUGGGAUAUGACCGGCAAGAAAGGGCCAAAACUGCCGCUUCCGGACAACGUUAACAUCGUUGAGCCCAAGGAUGAGAUCAUACCGUCUCAGCCCUUCUCCGAGUCUAAAGAGGCGAAACCCGCGGCCGCCGUUCCCAUCAUGAGUUAGACAUGAGUUAGACUCGUAUUUAACACUAAUUUUUUGUUUAAAAUGAAUAAAAAUUACAUUUAAUUACGAAA